AUCAGUCCGAUAAACAAUCUAAUGAUAAUCAAGGAACAGUCCAGUUUUAUAUAAACUCCUGGGGAAUCAAAGAGGAGCGGAUCGUGCGUUGUUGGGGUUUAAAAUGGAUAUUUGGAGGAUUUUUGUGGCCAUCGCUGCAGUUGUGGCGCUCAGCUCUGGAGCGACGAUUGAGCGAAUAGUGGGGGGCAGGGACGCUCCUGCGGGGAAAUAUCCUUAUCAAGUGUCUCUGCAGAAAAAUAAUCGUCAUUUUUGCGGUGGGAGUAUAAUUAAUAAACGAUGGAUUCUCACUGCAGCUCACUGUCUUCGAGGGCAAUCUCCUUCGGCUAUAAGAGUACUCGUUGGCACCAAUUCACUGUCAAAUGGAACCCAAUAUUAUCAAUGUGGAUUUUUAAAAUGGCAUGAAAAAUUCACUCCUAUCCUCAUUCAUAACGACAUUGCUGUACUUCAAGUUACGCAAGAUAUUGAGUUCAAUGUGAAUGUUCAAGCCGUUAAAUUACCAAAGAAGAAUUUUAAUGAAAUUGACACUCCUGCCACACUGACGGGCUGGGGCACAACUGUGCUCAACGGACGUGUUCCCGAUAAGCUUCAAUGGCUCCAAGUUAAGGUCAUAUCACAGUUGAAAUGUAAGUUGAGACAUUGGCUCCUAACGAGCUCUCAGAUUUGUACAUUGACCAAACGCGGCGAGGGCGCCUGUCACGGAGAUUCUGGUGGGCCUCUGGUGUCAAAGGGCUACCAAAUAGGGAUUGUAUCUUAUGGUCUUCCAUGCGCCCUAGGGAGUCCCGAUGUAUUCACGAGGGUUUACAGUUUUGUCGACUGGAUAAACUCAACUAUCAAAGAAAAUACCCUGUAAUCGAGAUAAAUCAGAUUUUAUUCAUCCACUGAUCAAUAAAUAUUACAUUAUUCUACGUUGACGGCGCAGGGCCACAAGUGAAAUAAAAAAAAUAAUUUCAAUAA